ACCAGGAUGCUGGUAUGGGGUAUGGCAGUGAUCUUGACAUUAGCAUGAGGUAUGGUGGUGAACAGGACACAGGUAUGGCGGUAGUCUGGAUGCUGGUAUGGGGUAUAGGGGUGAUCAGGAUGCUGGUAUGGGGUAUGGCAGUGAUCAGGAUGCUGGUAUGGGGUAUGGCAGUGAUCAGGAUGCUGGUAUGGGGUAUGGCGAUGAUCAGAAUGCUGGUAUGGAGUAUGGUGGUGAUCAGAGUGCUGGCAUGGGGUAUGGUGGUGAUCAGGAUGCUGGUAUGGGGUAUGGCGGUGAUCAGGAUGCUCGUAUGGGACAUGGCGGUGAUCAGGAUGCUGGUAUGGGGUAUGGCGGUGAUCAGGAUGCUGGUAUGGGGUAUGGCGUGAUCAGAACACUGGUAUGG